UCCCCAACCCUCCCCCCCUCUUGAUCCCUAACCCCUCUAGUUGCCCCCCUCCUCCUCCUCCCUAACCCAAAUCCAACAAAUCCUUUUAGAAAUCACGAGAUGCUUAACCGGAAGGCCAUCGAUGGUAGGAAUGACCGUGAAGUCAAGGAUAUCUAGCUCGGACUGGUCCUGGAGCCCUUCGGCGGCGGCGGGGAGUGGGGGGUUACGGUUCCAACGGUGGGGUGGAGGAUUGAGGUCGAGAUCAGAGGGGAAGUCAAGGAGGAGUAGCUCAGCAGCAGCGAGGCAACCCUCCAGCGUCUCUUCGAGGGGCUCCACCAUCGCUAUUUCCAAGAGGACCCAGGUGGUUAAAUUAGAUGCUCCCAUGGCGAGGCCGCCUCCCUCACCUCUUCCUCUUCUUCUUCCUCGCCUCCGAACGAUCAAGGACCGCCUCAUGCCCACCGCCUUUUUCGUUGCCUACCGUACAUUCCACCUCUGCCUCCUCCACAGCCUUGUCGACCUCCUCAUCAAUGGCUACGCUGCAUCCGACGUUGUCAAAGCAAGGCCUCUAAACCUCCUCCUUUGGAUGCACACCAAGUGUUCGAUGGUUGACUGAGCCCUCCAACCCCUUCUCCCCCAAGGCCAUCUCCGAUGAGUCCCCCCACCCCUUCUCCCCCACCUCCAUUUUUUUGCUGGUAUUGGUUGCAAAAGUGGAGAGGGUUGAAGGGAAUGGAGAGCAUGGACAGUGAUUCAGAAUAGUGAUGGAGAUGAAGAAAAUUAAGAAUCUGAAGCCAGGGAUGAAGAGAGAAAAUAAAAGGAAAAAGAAAAAGCAAAGAUUGGGUGGUGGAGCAUUUGCGAUGCUUUUGUUUUGAGUUGUUCUCCUCCAAGAUGCCCUAAGCUUGGCAUCUUGUUAUUUUUGUCUUGUUUUUCUUUCUUAAAUCUUUGCCUUUCCUUUUUUUAUUUGAUUUAUGUAAUCUUUUUGAUUGUUCUCUCAAGUGGAUGAUGGAGCGGUGUGGCCCUUCCAAUCCUCGAGCUCUCUUGUACAGAUCUCCAGUUCCCAUUUUAAUGAGAAGAAAUUAUCGAAUGAAUUAUAACGAUGUUUCAA